AUCGCUCUAGCUUUAGUGUUGGUAAAUGUGCCGAGAGCCGAAGGGUUAAUUCCUAACACUGCAUGUCCUGCCAGCACUCAACUCCAUAAUCCCGGCUAAUCUGUGCUGCAUCUUCCAUGGCGGAACUCUGUUUGUACGGGAUAACGCAUUCUUCUGUUUUUUCUAAUGAUACUUUUGUGCUCCCGAUGAACUGCGGUCGUUACCGGCCUGUUCUCUGAAUUAUGUAUCGCCUUCUUUAUGUAUUACUGUGCUGUCUGCGCGUAGUACACUGCUUUUGCCCCUCGCAGUGCACCUGCGUUUUACACAGUCGGAGCGACGGGACGGGGAGCAGAUCAGUGCUGUGCAAUGACCCGGACAUGUCGGACAUCCCCACAAACGUCCCGGUGGACACCGUCAAACUGCGCGUGGAGAAGACGGCCAUUCGCCGGAUCCCCACCGAGGCGUUCUACUACCUGGCGGAGCUGCGCUACCUGUGGGUCACCUACAACUCGGUGACGACCGUGGACGCCGGAAGCUUCUACAACCUGAAGGGCCUGCGCGAGCUCCGGCUCGACGGGAACGUGCUGUCGCUCUUCCCCUGGGAGUCGCUGCGGGAGACCCCGUCCCUGCGCACGCUGGACCUGCACAACAACCGGCUCACCAGCGUCCCCGCGGAGGCCGCCUCGUACCUGCGCAACGUCACCUACCUGGACCUCUCCAGCAACAAGCUGACCACCCUGCCCUCCGACCUCAUGGACAUAUGGCCCCCCUUCUCCGGGGCGGUCCGGAGCGCCAGCUACUCGCAGAGGGUGGUGCUGGGCGUUCAGGACAACCCCUGGUUCUGCGACUGUCGGAUCUCCAAGCUGAUGGAGCUGUCCAAGAUGGCGGAGCCGUCGGUGGUGCUCCUGGACCAGCUGCUGGUCUGCAGCGGGCCGGAGAACCUCGCGGGCGUGCCCUUCCAGCUGGCCGAGCUGGACCAGUGCCUCAAGCCCACGGUCAUGACCUCCGCCACCAAGGUCACCUCCGACCUGGGCAGCAACGUCCUGCUGCGCUGCGACGCCACCGGCUACCCCACCCCGACCCUCGCCUGGACCAAGAUCGACGGCCCGCCCAUCAACGGCACAGUGGUGGAGGAGACCCCUGGAGAGGGCAGGCGGUGGUCCAUCAUCAGUCUUAACGGGGUCCUGUUCCGAGACGCGGGGCGGUACCGCUGCAAAGCCAAAAACGUGGCGGGAACAUCCGAGGCGUCCAUCACCCUGUUGGUCAUGGGCUUGGGCUCCACCACCCCGCCCCAGCUGAAGGAAUCCAGCCAAUCCGCCGCGGCCAGCCAGUCGUCAACCGACUCCGUCCUGGUGACCGCCGUCGCCACAGCAACGGCAACGGCAACGGCAACGGCGACCGCGCCGCCCCCCAGCACGGCGACGCCGGCGGCGGCCACCCCCACCCCCACCCUGCCACCGGUCCCCACCAAGCAGGGCCAGCAGGGGGUGCCGACGGGCCGGCCACAACCGAGCCGCACGGGCCGGAGGCCGGUGGCGGCAGACAGCGGGAGGAACGCCACGGCGGAGGGACCCGCCAAGGCCGCCAUCCGGGGCAUCCGGGCGACGGAGGAGACGGCGGAGAGCGUGGCGCUGCUGUGGGCCGCGGACAAGGCGUGGGGCGACGCCCAGCUGACCGUGGUGUACUCCCCCUACCAGGAGAAGGACAAGCAGACGGCCACCGUCCCGGCUGCCUCCGGGAGGCUGGUCCUCACCGGGCUGAAGUCCGGGAGGAAGUACAUGGCCUGCCUGAUCGCCAGAGGGGGGCAGUCGCGCAAGGACCAGUGCGUCACCUUCUCCACCUUGGAAGGGGAGCAGCGGCCCAAUGUGGCGCUCCUGGUCAUCAGCGGCCUGGCCUGCACCCUGGUCUUGCCCCUUAUUGGCUUCCUGCUGUACAAGAUCAUCUGCCUCUGCUGCCAGAAGGGCGGCAGCCCCGCCAACCACGACCAGGACACCUACGUCAAAUUCGAGACUCUGUCUCUGAAGCAGAGGACCAUGGGAAAUGCGGGCAAUGACCUGUGGACGCGGAGGCAGACUCAGGAGUCGGAGAGAAUGCUGCUGUUCUCCAGGUCCAGCAUUGACUCCCAGAUGACCUACAAGAGCGACAGCUCCAGGUCUGAGUACCUGUGUUAGCUCUUAACAGACUGCCUCAGGUGUGAAUACCUGUGCUAGCUCUGAGCGAUGGUUUCAGGUCUGAGUACCUGUGUUAGCUCUGAGCUUUGGUUCCAGGUCUCUGAGACGCAGCUGAGUACCUGUGUUAGCUCAUAACAGACUGCUCCAGGUCAGUGUACCUGUGCUAGCUCUGAGUGGUGGUUUCAGGUCUGAGUACCUGCGUUAGCUCUGAGCGAUGGUUCCAGGUCUCUGAGACACAGCUUCAGGUGUGAAUACCUGUGUUAUCUCUGAGUGAUGGUUUCAGGUCUGAGUACCUAUGUUAGCUCUCAGUGAUGGUUUCAGGUCUGAGUACCUGCGGUAGCUCUGAGCGAUGGUUCCAGGUCUCUGAGACACAGCUUCAGGUGUGAAUACCUGUGUUAACUCUGAGUGAUGGUUUCAGGUCUGAGCACCUAUGUUAGCUCUCAGUGAUGGUUCCAGGUCUGAGUACCUGUGUUAGCUCUGAGCGAUAUUUCCAGGUGUGAGUACCUGUGAGACACAGCUCCAGGUGUGGGUACCUGUGAGACACAGCUCCAGGUGUGAGUACCUGCGUUAGCUCAGAGAGACAGAUCCAGGUCCCAAUCUCAGUUCCAGCUCUUCUAAAGUACUUGCCAGUCGGCAGGGGCAUUGUAAGGGUUUGGGAUUUUGGUUUAAGUGUCUCGUUUCCAGUAUACUGGAGUCAUAAUUAUUCUGUUGCUCAGGGUAACUUAACUCGCCACGAGAAAUUAAUAAUUAAAAACUAUUAAUUUUGCUAUUCAACCACUUUUAUCAUUCAAGCAUAUUAUUGCCUUAUUAUUAUUAUUCGUAGUAGUAGUAAAGUCACUUUUAUUUAAAAUUAAUUUAUGGAUUAUUUUGCAAGUAACAGAAAUGUGUAUACCUAAUAAUAAUUCAAUUCAAAUGUUUCAAUUUCAGUGACAAUUUCGCAGUGACACUGUUAAAUAUACAAAACCUUGAAUAUUACCAUAUAUACCAUAUGACGACACAUGGGCUUUGUGAUAGUUGUACAAUGAUGCUGAUGCUGAUGAUGCUGAUGUUUGUGGUUUUGCGUGACACUCCCAGUUACUGUGAGAUGCUGAUAAUAGCAUGACCUCCUCUCCUUUCCGGGAGGUGGAGAGAUGAUUUGUCGACAGGGUUGACUGCACUGUUCUAAGUGCCACCGUUUUGCUGUGAUUUAUAAAUUCCUGUUUUUUUUUUUUACUGAAUGUGUUUCUUCUGCCUUCCGAUUGGCUGUUCUUCAUGUAGAUUCUGAUGCACGAGUUACUCAAACUCGAUCACAAAGAAAAACAAUUUAAUUUUCAUUAAAACAAACGUAGAGUGGUGCAAAUUUCAAAGCCUAGCCAAACAUAUUCAUUCACAGAUGUGGUUAGAUCAGAUUCACAAAUUUAGGUUGGAUUGAUGUUUUUAUUAUUUUAUGUGUAUUAGUUUAAUAUUUUCUGUGAUAUCAUUAAUCACUUCAUUGCGUGUUGAAUGGAUUUUGUUUAUGUGUAAAUGUGCGAGACACGGAUUUAUA